AAACGUGGCGGAGGCGAGGGAGGGCCCUGCAGAAACCCCCGCUCGUGAGUGGGGCGCGCUAGGAAUCAGUUCGGUGAGCUCCUCCUGUGAAAGGGCAGCAAGGUUGCUCCCGGGGAGCUGCGGGCGUGGGCCGGAGAGGACGGGGAGCGCCUCGGAGGGGCCGGAGAGCCCCGGCUCACACCGAUCGCCCCUAAACCGCGAGGUCCUCCCUCGCCGGCCGCUCUCCUUCCUUCCCUGCCACACCCGGACGCGGCACCACGGAGGGAGCACACUCGGGCUCGAGCCUCCGCCCGGCCUGAGCCCCGCGGCCAGGUUUGGGGCCGCCCCGCCUCUCUGACCGGAUCCGCGCCCCGCCCACGCCCACGCCUCGAGGCCUGGAGACGUGGGUGCCCGCGGCCGCAGCAGCAGGACUCGCAGGAGGCGGCUGGCGAGGGCGCGGCUGGGAGCGAGACUCCGUCCGUCCGCUUCACGGUUCUGUCAAAAACAAAAGGAGGAAAAAGGAAAACUUCCGCCCCCACCGCAGCCCGCUGCGCGCCACUUGCAGCAGCAGGGCGGCUCCGAGGAGGACACGGGGGUGCAUCCAUGCAGCCUGCACCAGCUCCGGACGAGCCCUGGGCAGCACCGGCCCGGCGCGCCCAGCCGCGCCUCGGGAGGUCCGGGGCGUCCCCUGACCCAACGCGGAGGUGAUGCGGCCGGGCAGCGGGGAGCCGGGCGGUCCCGCGUGGACAGCAGCCCGCCAGGUCUGCUCAUCUCUCUGGCUUCAUGAUGGACAACGACACUGAAUUGAGGACUGAUGGAAACUCUCUGCUGAAGGCUGUGUGGCUGGGGCGGCUCCGGCUGACCAGGCUGCUGCUAGAAGGUGGCGCUUACAUCAAUGAGAGCAAUGACAAAGGUGAAACUGCCCUGAUGGUGGCAUGCAUCACACAGCACGUGGACCAGCAGAGCAUCAGCAAGCCCAAGAUGGUGAAGUACCUGCUGGACAACAGGGCAGACCCUAACAUCCAGGAUAAGUCUGGCAAGACUGCACUCAUCCACGCCUGCAUCAGGAGGGCCGGGGGAGAAGUGGUCUCUUUAUUGCUGGAGAAUGGAGCAGACCCCAGCCUCGAGGAUCACACUGGGGCCUCUGCUCUGGUUUACGCAAUAAAUGCAGAUGACAAGGAUGCGCUAAAACAUCUCCUCGAGGCCUGCAAAGCCAAAGGGAAGGAAGUGAUUAUCAUAACAACAGAUAAGUCCUCUUCUGGCACCAAAACCACCAAACAGUAUAUAAAUGUCCCUCCUUCACCCAAAGUGGACGAGAGACAGUCACCUCCCCUGUGUGCCUCCCCCUGCAACACUGAGCUAAAGGCUCCAGCCAGUGAAAAAGAAGAGGACUUCUUUAGCCUCCAAACAGGACAUCCAAAUGGUGGUAAUGCUGCAAAGAUUCUUACUGAGCCUGGAUCACCCAGUAGGAAAGUUGGUACUCUCCGGCGGGCCAGAUUGCCCCAGCUGAAGAGGCUGCAGUCUGAGCCCUGGGGCCUGAUUGCCCCCUCUGUGCUGGCCACCUCCAUACAUCAGGAUGAAAUGCAGGGUGCCAGCACAGAAAGUGAGGUCAUAAGGAACCUAGGUGACAUGUCUUUUCUGAAGAGGGGGCCCUUGUCCAGAACCAACAGCAUCGAUGGCAAAGACCUCUUCCCCACUGUCACGGAGCAGAUUCUGAAGGUUGCAGCGCCCUCAGCACCAGCUUCCUGGAAAGGCUCUGCUCCUCACCCUCGCCUGGCUCGGAGAGGAACCCUGCCUGUCGACCAAGAGAGGGGUGGUGUGAAUACAUCAGGACCCUCCUCUCUCAAAGAGCCAGCAUCCCUCAAACAACUGGAAAAUGACCUCUACAACCUAGACUUACAGCCAGGGGCAGACCCUGCCAACCCUAUUCCCCUCGAGUCAGGCAAAUGCCCCUCAGAUAGAAAAAAGCUCAACGGUUCCAUGUCCCUUUUCCAGGGCUCCGGGGAGUCCCUAGAGGCUAUGCCCAGUUCCUCCCCCAGCUCAGGGCGUCACCCACCACACCUUCUAGAAAGACGAGGUUCUGGGACUCUGCUCCUAGACCGAAUUGCUCACACCAGGCCUGGCUUCCUUCCACCCUUAAAUGUGAAUUUGAACCCACCAAUCCCAGAUAUUAGACCUAGUGGCAAACCUUCUUCCCCACUCUCUAGUGGCUUAAAAUCUAUGGUUCCCAUCGCUCCAAGCUCACCAAAGAGAGCUGAUUUGAAAAGUACAAAGAAGCUCCUCCGAAGGCAUUCCAUGCAAAUUGAGCAGAUGAAGCAGCUAUCUGGCUUUGGAGAAAUCAUGACCUAGCACCUUGUAGAAUAGCUUUUCUCCCAAGUCUGUAUAUUUCAUGGAAGGGACUAUAAAUCCAGACCUUCACACAGCCAUGCAGGGUAUCUGCAUCCUGACCAUUCCCUGAGGCUGGUGUGGCCACAUCUGAGGAUAUGGAGACGUGCUGCCUUGCUUCUGAAAUAAAAGGGAUUGUUUCAGGGAAUUUACUCCUGAAAUAGUCCCUGCGAUUUUAUAGGCCUACUUGAAAAGUGCUCAGGAAAAUUAGGUUUUAGAGAAAAUUACAAGAAAAAAGUUCUCUGAAAGAAUAGAAUCCUUGCAGUUUGGAGGUCACACAGCAAGCCCAAUGACUGAAGUUGUAGACACCAGUUAUUUUCUGUACAACAAAAAGAAAACACACAUUUAGAUCACAAGAUGUCAUUUGAAGGAUGUCACUGGUCAUCUGUAAGUGUCUAAAAAGGAAACAUGGCUUUGACAUUCUUUGGAAUAUGCAAAACCUCAAACCCUGAGCUGCUAUAUAUGGUUUCACCUGGUGGGGUAGAAGCAGAAUUCUCCCAACAGAGAAUGUCUGGCCUGUAGCACUGUCUUUUGUGGGCACUGCCUAGCAUGGCCAAGGUCCUUCAACUCUCCUGCAACAGGCUCUGCUCACAUGCCAGCAUGGUGUGUUGGAAGUCCCCACAUCCCUCUGUGUGCCCUGUUCCAACCACAGAAAGGAGCCUGGGCCUGGAAGAAAACUUUCCCCAGUCCCUGAGCAAGCACAAGCCCUGUGUGAAGUCAAAGUUAGCUAACACAGAUUUGCACACCAUGUAAUCCAAAAGACUAAAACACUCUUCCCAGUUAUGCUUGAGAGAACUUGCUGGGAUCCACCAGAGUGAUGGGCAACUCAGGCUCUGCACAGAUACUCCUCAGGCUAGAACUGUGGCCUGAACCUGUGAGGAGAUCCACGUUGUGGUUUCCUUUCAGGGAUCUGAGUGAUUCAAGAAACACCUGGUUUCUUCUCUGCCUGAGUUACCUGGGUGAUGAGAGUUUUAAUGAAAAAAAUCCAUAGAACCCUUUAAACACUUUGAAGAAAUCCAAAGAAGGAAGCAGAAAUUUAGCACUUUUGCUAAAUUAGAUGCAAAUAUUCUCAUUUUCUUCCCAUGUAUUUCUCCUCUCAUGUAACCGAGGUGCACUUGUUUCAUGGCUGAAAAGUCCAGCUGUUCCUAGGGAUGGAACCUUGCAGACAGAAGAGCAGAGGCUUGGGUCCAUACCCAGUCUUAUCAUUUACUACAGAGCGACCCUGAGAAAGUGGCUCCUCAUCUUGAGCUUCUGUUCUCUCAUCUGCAAAAUGGGACCAGUAUUGUUUGCUUUGCAAGGUUCUGGUGAGAAUGAAGUGGCAGAAUAUAUUAAAGUGCUUUGUGCCAGGCACAGGUAGACAUCACUGGAUACAAGGUGACUAAUUUAAAUUUAUUUUUCGAAACCUCUGAAACCUCAAAAUUCAGUUCAUAGAUGAUGUACACAAUGGAGUCAAGUCCAAUUGAGAGGUCCCAGUGUCCCAUCAAGAUUCCCACAAGUUCCGUAAAUCCUGAUGGUAAGCUCAUUUAUAAAGUAAAACAUCCUGCCACGUAAGUUCUGCAUAUCACACCAAUUCUAUAAGGACAUUUCUAGAAAUGUAUCUGAAUCCCAACAAAAACAUUAGUGACAGUUAUAAAGUGCUUAUUUUGGGGAUUCUCUCACAUACGUACUCUUUCUGUUACAUACACACUGUUAUCCUCAGUACCACUGACAGCUGAGGCUGGCUGGCUUUUGCUGGGUGAGGAAACCGAUUCUGUGCAUCAUAGGGUAUUUAACAGCCUCGCAGAUGGCAGCUGCACUCUGCUCCUCAGUGUGAUAACCAAAACAUCACAGAGCUGACAGGUGCCUUCUGAGGGCAGCAUCACCUUGGCAGGUCACUGUGCUCUUAUCGAGCAGCUGUGUAAGUGCUGGAAAUGUGCCAAGAACCACAGAGCCAACUGGACAUGUGUCCUUCAAGACCCUUGGCAGGCAGACACAACACAAGCACUUAGGGUGUGUGUACUUGGGGGAUAGGCAGAAAGUGAGGAGAAAAGCACACCAAGUGGUGAAGAUGUACAGUUCAAGAACUUGGUUCAGUGUGGACCCCCGCCUUGUUUUCAGAACCACUCAGUUGUUAGCAGUUCUUACCAGGAAGACCUGAUUAUAGGUAAAGAAGCAGCUUCCAAUAUUAAACAAAAAAUUGUACAACCAUUGCUUCUAGGAGUUCAACACACACACACAUACACACACACACACACACACACACACACACACACACACACACGGCACAUUUUAAGUAUUUUUCCACCUAUUGUCAGUGCCAGUUAAAACUACCCUGCCAUGGGGAUAGGAAGACCUUGCAUAGGAGCAUUUUGCAUUGAAGCCAAGACUUGAAAGGCUGAUUUGUCUGCAAUAGAGCUGGAUGCAUUUGUAGUGAUAAGCUCAGGAAAAGCACCAGGCAUGGGAAGCCACUUUGUCAGGGUGGCUGGUCCAUGGAACAGAAGAGGCAGAGUCACUAACUUCCUGCAUCUCACAUGACCUUCCCCCCAGCCUUCCUCUGGCAGGCACCAGGGCGGCACCCUCUCCAUCACUACUUGACAAUGCAUUAGCUGAAUUAGGCUUGUUCCACACUGCCAACAAACCUUGUCGUGAUUUGUGCAUAAAUAAGCGAUUUCAUCCACAUCAAUGAGCCUCACAAGAAAUUUUAGAUUCAAACAUGCUUUCUAGAUCAGAGGUUAGCUUUUUGUUUUGGAAUCCUAGAGUCACUAUAUAAGUUAGCUGUAAACUACAGUUUCAAUAAUCUGUCCAUGUAAGAUCCUCUAGACUGUUUAUUAAAAUAUAAUCCAGAAUGUGAGCCUAAUGUGUAAAGUCUGGUACUUUGGUUUAAUUUCUAGGUCUUCCAAAGCCUUAACGAAACCCACCGACCCUGGUAGCUUCCUUUGAAACUUCGUGCAGGGCCAGUCACACACAUGCGGGCCCUGGAGCUCCUCCCUGUGUGUGGGUGCCCCAUAUGCCCUGUGCUGCUGUCCAGCCCUCCACAAUGCCCCGCCCCAAUCUCAAGCCAAGGGUACACCUGAAGAUGUGUCAAAGUCCCUGUAGUGAAACCACCUAAUGUCAAUAAAUGACUUACUGCAAA